GGCUGUCAUAGUGCUGGAGAUGUGUAUGGUGCGUGAGAUACGUGAAGUGAUUGACACCAUUGAUAAACAGUGGUAAAGGGGGUGGGUCAAGCACCGCUGGCGUCAUUCUGAGGGGAUGUGAAGAUCUCUCCUCAAUGCUCCGCGGCAGGACCGCAUCUACCGCCACACAGAUGAAAUGAAGAUCUCUUCUCAAUGCUCCGCGGCAGGACCGCAUCUACCGCCACACAGAUGAAAUGAAGAUCUCUUCUCAAUGCUCCGCGGUAGGACCGCAUCUACCGCCACACAGAUGCGUCAACCGCCUGCAAUCUGGAGGCCCGACCACUUUGCUGUGAGAGGGAAGGAAGGAGGGGGGGAAGUAAAUAAAAGCUUUAUGAAAGGGCGGAGAGCACCAGACAUCCGAGAUUGUGGACAAUCGCGUUGACGCUGUUGCAGUCGUAACUUUGUCACAGAGACGGACACAAGACCACCGAGAGCCAUGGGUUCGUGCCCAGAUGAAGAAUUCAAAGAUAAAUUACUAUGGAAUGUGAAAAGAGAGGUGAAACAGAUCAUGGAGGAGGCGGUGACUAAGAAGUUUGUCCAUGAAGACAGCAGCCACAUCAUCGGCCUGUGCAGCACCAUCGAGGCCUGUCUGAGCCACUUGUUGAAGCGGCGAGCGGCGGGCUUCCUGCGCAGCGACAAGAUCGCCGCCCUUUUCACCAAGAUCGGCAAGGUCAACGCCACGGCCGGAGAGGUGUGCCGGAAGGUCCAGGAGCAGCUCGCACAGCAGGCAGAGGUCAUCAGAACUCAGAGGACCCAGAGUGUGGGUCAGGAGCCCCUGAAGAGGCAGGGGUCGUCGUCUGCAGGUCGCGCCCCCCAGCCCCUCUCCGCUCAGGCCAUCAAGCACAUCUGGGUACGCACCGCCCUCUUCGAGAAGGUCCUGGACAAGGUCGUACAGUACAUCGUGGAUAACUCCAGUAAGUACUAUGAGAGGGAGGCUCUGAUGCAUGACUCAGUGUUUGGACCCAUCCUGGCAUGUCUACUGGUGGGUCCCUGUGCUCUGGAGUACACUAAGCUGAAGACGUCCGACUACUUCUGGACGGACCCGUCGGCCAACGAGUUGGUCCAGCGCCACCGGAUCCACGGGGCCCACUGGGGCCAGGACGCUUCCCCCAGCAGGAGGCCCGCUCUGGGGAUCCAGAAGAGACAGUCCAGCGUCAGCAUGUCCGAGGAUAAGUUUGCGGCAUCUGCGCGGGAAUACGUGGAAUCUCUUCACCAGAACUCCCGUACUCACCUGCUCUAUGGCAAAAACAACGUCCUGGUCCAACCGAAGAAAGAAAUGGAGGUGUUACGGGGGUACCUGUCCCUUCACCAGGCAGGGGAUAACCUCACCCUGAAGUGGACCCCUAACCAGCUCAUCAACGGCACCCUGGGAGACUGUGACCUGGAGAAGAGUAUCUAUUGGGACUAUGCGCUGACCGUGCCUUUACGACAGAUCGUGUGCAUUCACUGUCACCAGCGACCUGGUGGGACGUUGGUGCUGGUUAAUCAGGAUGGUAUCCAGCACCCCCCCCUCCACUUCCCCCCCGGCGGCCAUCUCCUGGCCUUCCUGUCCUGCCUGGAGACGGGCCUGCUGCCCCGUGGUCAGCUGGAGCCUCCACUCUGGAGCCAGAGAGGCAAGGGUAAGGCGUUUCCUAAGCUAAGGAAGAGGACCAGCACAGUCAGGCUGGUAGAUCAGGAGGGUGAGGAACAGACAGCAGCUGACUAUGUGUUCCGCAUCGUCUAUCCUGGACACCACCACGACUCCACAGUGACUAUAAACUACCACCACACCACGGGCAGCCGUGCUCCCUCGCUGGAUGAUGAUGAAGAGGAGGAGGAUAGACUCCAGGCUAUGAUCUCAAUGAUCUGUUGGCGGAACCUCACAGAUCCUAAUGUCCUGAAAGACCAUGGGGAGAUGGACAUCCAGGGAGCCUAUAUGGGAGGCAGCCCGUCGUCAUGGCAGCAGGCAGCAGAGUGCACCAGUCACAUGUCGUCAUGUCUGUGUUGCUCCACAAGGGGCAGUAACGUCUCCUUGAAAUACCCAGGAGGCUGCACCUGCAUCCACGACCGUAUCCCUCUGAAGAUGCUGUGCCAGAAUAUGAAAAGGCAGAUCGUCUCCAGGGCCUUCUACGGAUGGCUGGCCUACUGUCGACACCUGUCCACGGUCCGUACCCACCUGUCAGCACUGGUCAGCCACAACAUUGUCCUUCCUGACAAACCUUGCGAGGCAUCGGGGGGCCUGAGCAGAGACGUGUGGAGAAAGUACCAGAAAGACUGCAAGAACUAUAAGGAGUUGGAGUUGUUGUGGCUGGUGUAUUAUGGAGGUGUACAGCAUGACAUCAGGAAGGAAGUCUGGCCCUUCCUGCUGGGUCACUACAAGUUUGGCAUGGGCAAGAAGGACAUGAGCCAGAUCGAUGAGAAGAUCAGUGCACGGUACCAGCAGGUGAUGAAGGAGUGGAAGUCCUGCGAGGUGAUCGUCAAGCAGAGAGAGAAAGAGAUGCAGUCGGCCGUCUUUACUAAUCUGUCUUCAGGAAGCAGCAUAGACAGACACAGAGACUCCACUCUCUGCAAUGAGAUGUUCAUGUCAGUGGAUGAGCCCGACGCAGGGGCGGGGGGGCAGGACACCCCAGGAGGGAGGGGGGGAGACACCCCCAGCCACUCUACAGUGAUUCUCCCCGCAGCCGGUGGGGCACUAGCUCCUGAUGAGCGCCCCUUAGUGGAGUUUGACUCCCCUGACUCCGGCCUCCCAUCCUCCAGGAACUACUCUGUCACCUCCGGGCACUCUCAGAUUCUAACCUCUGUCGACGAUGGACAGAGCACGGUGGAGGAGCGGGGAGCAGGGCAGGAGGGAGGAGCCGGGCAGGAGGGAGGAGCCGGGCAGGAGGGAGGAGCCGGGCAGGAGGGAGGAGCCGGGCAGGAGGGAGGAGCCGGGCAGGAGGGAGGAGCACGGCAGGAGGGAGGAGCACGGCAGGAGGGAGGAGCACGGCAGGAGGGAGGAGCACGGCAGGAGGGAGGAGCACGGCAGGAGGGAGGAGCCGGGCAGGAGGGAGGAGCCGGGCAGGAGGGAGGAGCCGGGCAGGAGGGAGGAGCCGGGCAGGAGGGAGGAGCCGGGCAGGAGGGAGGAGCACGGCAGGAGGGAGGAGCACGGCAGGAGGGAGGAGCACGGCAGGAGGGAGGAGCCGGGCAGGAGGGAGGAGCACGGCAGGAGGGAGGAGCACGGCAGGAGGGAGGAGCACGGCAGGAGGGAGGAGCACGGCAGGAGGGAGGAGCACGGCAGGAGGGUGGAGCCGGGCAGGAGGGAGGAGCCGGGCAGGAGGCCCGGCCACACUUGUACAGUGUGACGGAGGAGAAGGGGCGACAGGAUUGGUUGAGUGAGGAGAUGCUGUGCAGUCAGCUGGAUAAGUUGAUGACCAAUGAGAAUGGAGGAGCAGAGGGGAUGCCUUCACUCUCCUCCUAUACGAUUGAGCUGCUGGACACAGUGGCUCUGAACCUCCACAGGAUAGAUAAGGAUGUCCAGCGCUGUGACCGUAACUACUGCUACUUUACGACCGCUAACCUGGAGAAACUACGCAACAUCAUGUGCAGCUAUGUGUGGGAGAAUCUGGAGAUGGGUUAUGUCCAGGGGAUGUGUGACCUGCUGGCCCCUCUCAUGGUCAUUCUGGACGAUGAGUGCCUGGCGUACAGCUGCUUCACCCAACUGAUGAAGAGGAUGAGCCAGAACUUCCCCAACGGCGGAGCCAUGGACACACACUUUGCCAACAUGAGGUCCCUCAUACAGAUCCUGGACUCGGAGCUGUUUGAGCUGAUGCAUCAGAAUGGAGACUACAGCCACUUCUAUUUCUGUUACCGCUGGUUCCUGUUGGACUUCAAAAGAGAGCUGCUGUACCCGGAUGUGUUCUCAGUAUGGGAGGUGAUCUGGGCGGCCCCUCAUAUCUCCUCUCAGCACUUCAUCCUGUUCCUGGCCCUGGCUCUGGUAGAGGUCUACAGAGAGAUCAUCAGAGACAAUACCAUGGACUUCACUGACAUCAUCACCUUCUUCAACGAGAUGGCAGAGCGUCAUGACGUGCAGCACAUCCUUCAGAUCGCCAGAGAGCUGGUGCACAAGGUCCAGUCUCUCAUCGAGAACAAGUGAGGAGGAGGAGGAUGAAGAGGGCCGGGGGAGGAGAGGUAGAGAGCAGCCAGAUACCAUCACUGCAUCCCUCCACCCGCCCAUCCAUCCUCUGCAUCCAUCUUACCCCUCUUUACCCCUCCCAAACCUGUGGAAGAGACAGACGUGGGCCCUCUAUCCCUCCACCCGCCCAUCCAUCCUCAUCCUCUCCAGCCGGACCAGUGAAGGAUGAAGGCUCCAGGUUGACCAUCCUAGCCUGGAUGAAGGCUCCAGGUUGACCAUCCUAGCCUGGAUGAAGGCUCCAGGUUGACCAUCCUAGCCUGGAUGAAGGCUCCAGGUUGACCAUCCUAGCCUGGAUGAAGGCUCCAGGUUGACCAUCCUAGCCUGGAUGAAGGCUCCAGGUUGACCAUCCUAGCCUGGAUGAAGGCUCCAGGUUGACCAUCCUAGCCUGGAUGAAGGCUCCAGGUUGACCAUCCUAGCCUGGAUGAAGGCUCCAGGUUGACCAUCCUAGCCUGGAUGAAGGCUCCAGGUUGACCAUCCUAGCCUGGAUGAAGGCUCCAGGUUGACCAUCCUAGCCUGGAUGAAGGCUCCAGGUUGACCAUCCUAGCCUGGAUGAAGGAGAGAACAGGGGGAAAGGAGAGGGAUGUUGGCUGGGUCCUGGUUUCAGUGCUAGGUCUAGUCCUGGACUGGGUCUGGUCUAGGUCUGGUCCUGGUCUAGGUCUGGUCCUGGUUCCAGUGCUAGUUCUGGUCUAGGUCUGGACCUGGUCUAGGUCUGGUCCUGGUCUAGGUCUGGUCCUGGUUGCAGUGCUAGUUCUGGUCUAGGCCUGGUCCUGGUCUAGGCCUGGUUCCAGUGCUAGGUCUGGACCUGGUCUAGGUCUGGACCUGGUCUAGGUCUGGACCUGGUCUAGGUCUGGUCUAGGUCUGGUCCUGGUCUAGGUCUGGUCUAGGUCUUGUCCUGGUUCCAGUGCUAGGUCUGGUCCUGGACUAGGUCUGGUCUAGGUCUAGGUCUGGUCCUGGUCUAUGUCGGGUCCUGGUUCCAGUGCUAGGUCUAGGUCUAGUCCUGGACUGGGUCUAUGUCUGGUCCUGGUCUAGGUCUAGUCCUGGUCUAGGUCUGGUCCUGGACUAUGUCUGGUCCUGGUCUAGGUCGGGUCUAGGUCUGGCCCUGGUCUAGGUCUGGUCCUGGUCUAGGUCUGGUCCUGGUCUAGGUCUGAUCCUGGUCUAGGUCGGGUCCUGGUCUAGGCCUGGUCCUGGUUCCAGUGCUAGGUCUAGGUCUGGUCCUGGACUGGGUCUUUGUCUGGUCCUGGUCUAGGUCUGGACCUGGUCUAGGUCUGGUCUAUGUCUGGUCCUGGUCUAGGUCUGGUCCUGGUCUAGGUCUGGUCCUGGUCUAGGUCUGGUCCUGGUCUAGGUCGGGUCCUGGUUCCAGUGCUAGGUCUAGGUCUGGUCUAGGUCUGGUCCUGGUCUAGGUCUGGUCCUGGUUCCAGUGCUAGGUCUAGGUCUGGUCCUGGACUGGGUCUUCGUCUGGUCCUGGUCUAGUAUGUAGUAUGACCAGUAUGUAGAUGUUGUUUACAAGCACCCGGUCACAGAAUGCCAUGGUUGGUUGGUUGCUGUCAGACAUUUGGAGUUGUCUGUAUGCUCGUUAGUUGGAUCACACUGUGACUGCCCGCAUUGCUUUAUUCUCUACUAUUCACCAGGGGUGGCAGGUAGCCUAGUGGUUAGAGCGUAGAGUUGGCAGGUAGCCUAGUGGUUAGAGCGUAGAGUUGGCAGGUAGCCUAAUGGUUCGAGCGUAGAGGUGGCAGGUAGCCUAAUGGUUAGAGUGUAGAGGUGGCAGGUAGCCUAGUGGUUAGAGCGUAGAGUUGGCAGGUAGCCUAAUGGUUCGAGCGUAGAGGUGGCAGGUAGCCUAAUGGUUAGAGUGUAGAGGUGGCAGGUAGCCUAGUGGUUAGAGUGCAGAGGUGGCAGGUAGCCUAAUGGUUAGAGUGUAGAGGUGGCAGGUAGCCUAGUGGUUAGAGUGUAGAGGUGGCAGGUAGCCUAGUGGUUAGAGCGUAGAGGUGGCAGGUAGCCUAGUGGUUAGAGCGUAGAGGUGGCAGGUAGCCUAGUGGUUAGAGCGUAGAGGUGGCAGGUAGCCUAGUGGUUAGAGCGUAGAGGUGGCAGGUAGCCUAGUGGUUAGAGCGUAGAGGUGGCAGGUAGCCUAGUGGUUAGAGCGUAGAGGUGGCAGGUAGCCUAGUGGUUAGAGCGUAGAGGUGGCAGGUAGCCUAGUGGUUAGAGCGUAGAGGUGGCAGGUAGCCUAGUGGUUAGAGCGUAGAGGUGGCAGGUAGCCUAGUGGUUAGAGCGUAGAGGUGGCAGGUAGCCUAGUGGUUAGAGCGUAGAGGUGGCAGGUAGCCUAGUGGUUAGAGCGUAGAGGUGGCAGGUAGCCUAGUGGUUAGAGCGUAGAGGUGGCAGGUAGCCUAGUUGUUAGAGCGUAGAGGUGGCAGGUAGCCUAGUGGUUAGAGCGUAGAGGUGGCAGGUAGCCUAGUGGUUAGAGCGUAGAGGUGGCAGGUAGCCUAGUGGUUAGAGCGUAGAGGUGGCAGGUAGCCUAGUGGUUAGAGCGUAGAGGUGGCAGGUAGCCUAGUGGUUAGAGCGUAGAGGUGGCAGGUAGCCUAGUGGUUAGAGCGUAGAGGUGGCAGGUAGCCUAGUGGUUAGAGCGUAGAGGUGGCAGGUAGCCUAGUGGUUAGAGCGUAGAGGUGGCAGGUAGCCUAGUGGUUAGAGCGUAGAGGUGGCAGGUAGCCUAGUGGUUAGAGCGUAGAGGUGGCAGGUAGCCUAGUGGUUAGAGCGUAGAGGUGGCAGGUAGCCUAGUGGUUAGAGCGUAGAGGUGGCAGGUAGCCUAGUGGUUAGAGCGUAGAGGUGGCAGGUAGCCUAGUGGUUAGAGCGUAGAGGUGGCAGGUAGCCUAGUGGUUAGAGCGUAGAGGUGGCAGGUAGCCUAGUGGUUAGAGCGUAGAGGUGGCAGGUAGCCUAGUGGUUAGAGCGUAGAGGUGGCAGGUAGCCUAGUGGUUAGAGCGUAGAGGUGGCAGGUAGCCUAAUGGUUAGAGCGUAGAGGUGGCAGGUAGCCUAGUGGUUAGAGCGUAGAGGUGGCAGGUAGCCUAGUGGUUAGAGCGUAGAGGUGGCAGGUAGCCUAGCGGUUAGAGUUGGGCCAGUAACCGAAAGGUUGCUGGAUCGAAUCCCUGAGCUGACAAGGUAAAAAUCUGUUGUUCUGCCCCUGAACAAGGCAGUUAACCCCACUGUUCCCCGGGAGGCUGUCAAUGUAAAUAAUUUGUUCUUAACUGACUUGCCUAGUUAAAUAAAGGUUAAAUAAAACAAUUUAAAAAAAAAUAUUAGUACCUGUCUCCAUCACAGAGACCCAAGUAUAUGAUACCAAUCAGUGAGAUUGAGAUUCCUCUGUGUUGAAUUGGACUAGGGGCUAAAUGAUAUACUGUGUGAUGCUUCAUCAAGUGUUACUUUGUUUUAGAGUGACACAAAAUUAGUGUCAAUGACCGAGCAAGCUGGUGGCCAGAGACUGAGUACAGUACAUUAUACACUCAGUGGCCAGUUUAUUAGGUACAGUGAGUCACGUGGCUUGCUACAUAAAGCAGGCAGACAGGCAUCGAGACAUUCAGUUACUGUUUGAUUGAACGUUAGAAUGGGCUAAAUGAGUGACCUAAGCGACUGAGCGUGGUAUCGUCGGUGCCAGGUUCCAGUAUCUCAGAAACGGCCUCCUGGGCUUUUCACGCACACGACAGCGUCUGGGGUUUACAGAGAACGGUGCGACAAACAAACAUCUAGUCAGCGGCAGUCUUGUGGGUGAAAACAGCUCGUUGAUGAAAACGGUCGAAGGACAAUGGACAGAAUCGUGGAAGAUAACAGGCCGGCCACAAAUAACGGCACAGUACAACAGUGGUAUGCAGAACGUCAUCUCGGAACAUACAACUCGUCGGUCCUGGUCUCGGAUGGGGUUUUGCAGCAGACGACCACACCGGGUUCCUAUCAGCUAAAAACAAGAAGAAGAGUCUCCAGUGGCCACGCCAUCACCAACACCGGGUUCCUACCAGAUAAAAACAAGAAGAAGAGACUCCAGUGGCCACGCCAUCACCAACACUGGGUUCCUACCAGAUAAAAACAAGAAGAAGAGGCUCCAAUGGCCACGCCAUCACCAACACCGGGUUCCUAUCAGAUAAAAACAAGAAGAAGAGUCUCCAGUGGCCACGCCAUCACCAACACCGGGUUCCUACCAGAUAAAAACAAGAAGAAGAGGCUCCAGUGGCCACGCCAUCACCAACACUGGGUUCCUACCAGAUAAAAACAAGAAGAAGAGGCUCCAGUGGCCACGCCAUCACCAACACUGGGUUCCUACCAGAUAAAAACAAGAAGAAGAGGCUCCAGUGGCCAUCACCAACACUGGGUUCCUACCAGAUAAAAACAAGAAGAAGAGUCUCCAGUGGCCACGCCAUCACCAACACUGGGUUCCUACCAGAUAAAAACAAGAAGAAGAGUCUCCAGUGGCCCCACCAUCACCAACACUGGGUUCCUACCAGAUAAAAACAAGAAGAAGAGGCUCCAGUGGCCACGCCAUCACCAACACUGGGUUCCUACCAGAUAAAAACAAGAAGAAGAGUCUCCAGUGGCCACGCCAUCACCAACACCGGGUUCCUACCAGAUAAAAACAAGAAGAAGAGUCUCCAGUGGCCACGCCAUCACCAACACUGGGUUCCUACCAGAUAAAAACAAGAAGAAGAGUCUCCAGUGGCCACGCCAUCACCAACACUGGGUUCCUACCAGAUAAAAACAAGAAGAAGAGUCUCCAGUGGCCACACCAUCACCAACACCGGGUUCCUACCAGAUAAAAACAAGAAGAGUCUCCAGUGGCCACCCCAUCACCAACACCGGGUUCCUACCAGAUAAAAACAAGAAGAAGAGGCUCCAGUGGCCACGCCAUCACCAACACCGGGUUCCUACCAGAUAAAAACAAGAAGAAGAGGCUCCAGUGGCCACGCCAUCACCAACACCGGGUUCCUACCAGAUAAAAACAAGAAGAAGAGGCUCCAGUGGCCACGCCAUCACCAACACCGGGUUCCUACCAGGUAAAAACAAUUAGAAGAGUCUCCAGUGGCCACGCCAUCACCAACACUGGGUUCCUACCAGAUAAAAACAAGAAGAAGAGGCUCCAGUGGCCACGCCAUCACCAACACUGGGUUCCUACUAGAUAAAAACAAGAAGAAGAGGCUCCAGUGGCCACGCCAUCACCAACACUGGGUUCCUACCAGAUAAAAACAAGAAGAAGAGGCUCCAGUGGCCACGCCAUCACCAACACUGGGUUCCUACCAGAUAAAAACAAGAAGAAGAGGCUCCAGUGGCCACGCCAUCACCAACACUGGGUUCCUACCAGAUAAAAACAAGAAGAAGAGUCUCCAGUGGCCACUCCAUCACCAACACUGGGUUCCUAUCAGAUAAAAACAAGAAGAAGAGGCUCCAGUGGCCACGCCAUCACCAACACCGGGUUCCUACCAGAUAAAAACAAGAAGAAGAGUCUCCAGUGGCCACGCUAUCACCAACACUGGGUUCCUACCAGAUAAAAACAAGAAGAAGAGGCUCCAGUGGCCACGCCAUCACCAACACUGGGUUCCUACCAGAUAAAAACAAGAAGAAGAGGAUCCAGUGGCCACACCAUCACCAACACUGGGUUCCUACCAGGUAAAAACAAGAAGAAGAGUCUCCAGUGGCCAGUCGGUUAGGACAUCUACUUUGUGCAUGACACAAGUAAUUUUUCCAACAAUUGUUUACAGACAGAUUAUUUCACUUAUAAUUCACUGUAUCACAAUUCCAGUGGGUCAGAAGUUUACAUUCACUAAGUUGACUGUACCUAUCAGAAGCUUCUCAUUUGAGUCAAUUGGAGGUGUGCCUGUGGAUGUAUGUCAAGGCCUACCUUCAAACGCAGUACCUCUUUGCUUGACAUCAUGGGAAAAUCAAAAGAAAUCAGCCAAGACCUCAUCAUUUUUUUUAUAGACUUCCACAAGUCUGGUUCAUCCUUGGGAGCAAUUUCCAAACGCCUGAAGGUACCAAGUUGAUCUGUACAAACAAUAGUACGCAAGUAUAAACACCGUGGGACCACGCAGCCGUCAUACCGCUCAGGAAGGAGAUGCGUUCUUUCUCCUAGAGAUGAAUGUACUUUGGUGCGAAAAGUGCAAAUCAAUCCCAGAACAACAGCAAAGGACCUUGUGAAGAUGCUGGAGGAAACAGGUACAAACGUAUCUUUAUCCACAAUAAAACGAGUCCUAUAUCGACAGAAUCUGAAAGGCCGCUCAGCAAGGAAGAUGCCACUGCUCCAAAACCACCAUAAAAAAGCCAGACUACGGUUUGCAACUGCACAAGGGGACAAAGAUCAUACUUUUUUUGGAGAAAUGUCCCCUGGUCUGAUGAAAUAAAAAUAGAACUGUUUGGCCAUAAUGACCAUCAUUAUGUUUGGAGGAAAAAGGGGGUGGCUUGCAAGCCGAAGAACACCAUCCCAACCGUGAAGCACGGGGGUGGCAGCAUCAUGUUGUGGGGGUGCUUUGCUGCAGGAGGGCCUGGUGCACUUUACAAAAUAGAUGGCAUCAUGAGGGAGGAACAUUUUGUGGAUAUAUUGAAGCAACAUCUCAAGACAUCAGUCAAGAAGUUAAAGCUUGGUCGCAAAUGGGUCUUCCAAAUGGACAAUGACCCCAAGCAUACUUCCAAAGUUGUGGCAAAAUGGCUUAAGGACAACAAAGUCAAGGUAUUGGAGUGGCCAUCACAAAGCCCUGACCUCAAUCCCAUAGAAAAUUUGUGGGCAGAACUGCAAAAGCAUGUGCGAGCAAGGAGGCCUACAAACCUGACUCAGUUACACCAGCUCUGUUUGGAAUGGGCCAAACUGCACUCAACUUAUUGUGGGAAGCUUGUGGAAGACUACCCAAAACAUUUGACCCAAGUUAAACAAUUUAAAGGCAAUGCUACCAAAUACUAAUUGAGUGUAUGUAAACUCCUGACCCACUGGGAAUGUGAUGAAAGAAAUAAAAGCUGAAAUAAAUCACUCUCUACUACUUCUGCUACUUUCUCUACUACUUCUACUCUCUACUACUUCUGACAUUUCACAUUCUUAAAAUAAAGUGAUGAUCCUAACUGACCUAAGACAGGGACUUUUUACUAGGAUUAAAUGUUAGGAAUUGUGAAAAACUGAGUUUAAAUGUAUUUGGCUAAGGUGUAUGUAAACUUCCAACUUCAACUGUACAUCCUUACCAGUCUCCAGUGGCUCCCAAUAAUAACCUUCACUCUUACUUCCAAAAUGGCUGCCAUGGAGUGGUGCAAUCCAGAGAAGACCCUGUGACCACAUUGCCCAGUCUUCCCCAAUCCUGAGAUGUUGUGGAGAAAUCAGCGUUUCAGUAUGGAGAGUACCCAUUAUGGGCCGAUAGUGGUAAGGAAGGUGUUGUAGUGGGAUGCUCCCAAAUAGAACCCUAUUCCCUAUAUAGUGCACUACUUCAGACCAGGGCCCUAUAGAACCCUAUUCCGUAUAAAGUGCACUACUCUUGACAAGGGCCCCGGGCAGUGGUUCUCAAUAGUUUUCCAUUACUGUACCACCAAGUACAUUUGGUUCUGCCCAGAGUACCUCUGAAGUACCCCCUCAUGUGCAUUUUAUCAGGAGACUUCAAAAGUACCCCCUGUGGACAGGCCAAUUAUCCCUAGUUGAGAACCACUGAUGAAGAGAAUAGGGUUCUUUUUUGAACACUCAUGGUUUAAGUCGAUUUUUUUAAAUGUAACCUUUAUUUAACGAGGCAAGUCAGGUAGAGAACAAAUUAUUUACAAUGACGGCCUACCCCGGACGACGCUGGGACAAUUGUGCGCCGCCGUAUGGGACUCUCAAUCACAGCCGGUUGUGAUACGGCCUGGAAUCGAACCAGGGACUGUAGUGACACCUCUAGCACUGAGAGGCAGUACCUUGCGCCACUCGGGAGCCCCUCAACUACACGUGGUAGUUUCUGAUUGAAGUGUGUGGGGGGGGGGGGGGGGUUUAGUAGCCUGGAAUCCAAACUGAUUCUAUGAUGUUUCACCGUUGUUACAAAUGGUGAGCACAGUGUUUCAGUCUGGUUGAACUAGGCUAGAUUGGAGAGAGAGCUAUUUUGUUCCAAUCAAGAUCAUGUGUACCAAAGCCUGGAAACAGCCCCGUCGGUGGCAAGAUGAUAAUGUGCAAUUUCAUACCGUAUCUCAGACUGUUUACUAGGCGUAAAAAUACAUGUUUUAAACAACCAGUUUAAAUAUAAUUUCUGUUGUUUGAAAAUCUCUGAAGUCUAUACUGACUGAUGUAAGUAAAUAUAACAAAACUUUUUUUUAAAGUCCAAUAUUUCUAUGAGGACAGUAUAUCAGGACAUAUAGUGGAUUUUAAUGGGUACUUUUUACCUUGUUUUUAGAGAAGUGUGUAUAACUGAAGGCCCGUUGCUGUGUAUAACUGAAGGCCCGUUGCUAUGUAUAACUGAAGGCCCGUUGCUAUGUAUAACUGAAGGCCCGUUGCUGGGUAUAACUGAAGGCCCGUUGCUGGGUAUAACUGAAGGCCCGUUGCUGGGUAUAACUGAAGGCCCGUUGCUGGGUAUAACUGAAGGCCCGUUGCUGGGUAUAACUGAAGGCCCGUUGCUGUGUAUAACUGAAGGCCCGUUGCUGGGUAUAACUGAAGGCCCGUUGCUAUGUAUAACUGAAGGCCCGUUGCUGGGUAUAACUGAAGGCCCGUUGCUGUGUAUAACUGAAGGCCCGUUGCUGGGUAUAACUGAAGGCCCGUUGCUGGGUAUAACUGAAGGCCCGUUGCUGGGUAUAACUGAAGGCCCGUUGCUAUGUAUAACUGAAGUCCCGUUGCUGUGUAUAACUGAAGGCCCGUUGCUAUGUAUAACUGAAUGCCCGUUGCUAUGUAUAACUGAAGGCCCGUUGCUGGGUAUAACUGAAUGUGUGGAACCUUUGUUACACCUAGUUGACUUGUAUUUUCUAAUUAAUCAGAAGUGAGAGAACACAACAUCCAUUUCAAAAUGAUGUUUUGAAAAAGCCAACGUUUGAAUUGCGGAGUGUAUUUGUAUGUAAAAGGACGCAUCGUUUGCCUUGAAUGUAAUGUAUUACUAUAAAACAAAAUAUAUUGUUCUUUAUUAUUAAAAGAUUUUAAAUUA